GGUGAUGUCAACCAGGAGGCAGUGAAUGUGUUGUCACAGUUUGUGCAGCUAUUGCAGAGGCCAGGUAGGCCUGAUAAUAACACACAACCAUCAGUCCAGAAUCAACCCUCGACAUCUGGGCAGAAUGCUCGAGCAUCUGGGAAUGCACAAUCAUCCAACAUAAUACCAAAUGCUUCACCAGCUGCAAGCUCCUCCCAUAGAAUUCCAUCAUCUGUGGCACAGGCAGCAAGUGCUCCCAAUCACUCCGUCGAAGAACAUAGAAGACUGUUUAGUCGACAAUCGGUAAAUAUACUUUACCACUCCUAUAGGCUACACUACAAUACAAUUAGACCUCUGAAAUGCAAGUACACGUACAUGCGUUUUACUAUUAUUUCUAACCAGUUAGUUUCUAUUGAUCUAUAGAGGGUUCAACCAUAUUCAUCAGGGAGGCAAACUUCUUUCCGAAGAAGACGUGCACCAGCAAGAAAAGGUACAGAUGAUUGCUUGCCAAAUGCUCAUAAUUAACACACUGUUAUGUACUGUACUAGGUAAAACAUGAGCAGCCGAUCUGUAUCUGAUUUUUAUCUGACAUACAAACUUGAGCCGAAGGCGAGAGUUUGUAUAUCAGAUGCAGAUUGGAUGCGAAUGUUUUAUCGUACUUAAAAAACGACCCAUCUUUAUAUGAGUUCAUUGGCGAAGUAAUUUUAAAAAUAAACAUUGUCUAGGCCGAAAAAAUCAAAGCUGAAGUUUAUGUAAAUCAGGACAAAUCUUUAUCCGAUUUAUAAACAUUGAUUAAACAUUCAUUUCUUUUGUAUUUUCCUCGUGAAUUAUUAAUGAAUUUUUAAAAUAAUAUUUCAGGUCAGUUGAAAAUGCUACAGUAUAUACUGUAUCUGGUGUUUUUUUAUAUAGAAAAGUCUUUAACAAGAACAAUGUUUUGUUUUGGUGACAAGGGAGCAAUGGAGACACCGUCAUGCUCUGAAAAGUUAGAGCUCCAUCAGAAUGGUCUUGGGGAAAAGCGUGUAUCUUUUCCUGUAUCAGCGUCUGCUGCUGGAGUUAAAGAUUUGCUCCAUGAGUAAGAUACGGUUACUUCAUAAUUAUAUAUAUUUUUUUAUUUUACGAUUGCUACUGUUGUAUUGUAUGUAUUUUGUACAAUUUAUACUGGAAUUUUGAUCAUAAUUAGUAUGGCUUCUAUAUGCAUAAUUAGUAUGCUGCAUCUAACAAGUAGUUUAUUGUAUUUUUUUUAUUUACUGUACAGUACUCAAUCCCCUACAAAAUUUUCCGUAACUGGUAUUCUGUUUUUAGAACGUAUCCUCAGUUACGACAAACCGGAGGAUUCCAAUUUUUGGUGAGCCAGGAGAAGGCAAGAAAACAACUCAAAGUUGUUUCCCAUGGGAGUUGUAGUGUGGAACAGAUUAGAUGUUUCGGUAGUGGAAGAAUAUAUAUUCGACCACUUCAGCGAAGUAUUCCACUAACAGAAGGUAUAAAGUUACAUGAAGAAUUCGAAGUCUGCUUGACAUGUGAAGAGUCUGUCGCAGUGAGUGAAAUGCAUCAGCAUCUGGAAUCUUGUGAGGUGUGUACAGUAUAUUUAUUUACCACGAAAAAAAUGGACUUGUUAAAGUAUUUGCAGUUAGUUGCCUAUGCUAUGGUUGAUAAACAAACACCUGCAUUAGAAAAAGCAAUACCUGUUCAAUAACUAAAUAAUUUUUGACAAUUCCUUUAGGGCUACAAGAUGAAGAUCUUCCACUUGGAAUUGGUGAAAGGUUUGUUAUUACUGUGAAAGUUUUGUUAUUACUGUACGCGCCUGCUGAUAUGAGGUCUUUUUGGCGCGUUACCCACAAUGUGCCAUGAAAAGGUUUUACGUAUUCAAUACGAGUCUGUGUGGUUCGUGACAAACUCAGCUCAUCAUUUGUGUUGCCAUUUUCAGGAGCGAAGUACCUGAUGACAGACAAACUAUUGAUGGCGACGAGCAACGAUCUGUUAGGCACAGUAGUACGUCAACGGAACAUGCCGCUGAUACGAGAAUCGGUAAUAUGCAAACGGCACAUUUACCUGAUGGUGUUGCGAGCGAGAACGUGGCUGAUGAUAAUGGUCCGGACUCAACAGACGCAGAGCCAUCGACUACUGAUGUUACAAAUCGCGCUGAAAAUAUGUAAGAACGAAUUGCCACGUUUUUAUAUGUUUCUUACCAACAAGCAUUCUACAUCAUUAGAGUUGGCGCGCAUUAUAAAAUGGUACCCACGGAUCCAUUUAGCAUGGUUUGGUCUGUUUGGGGAUGAUUCGUCAGAUCCAAUUGUGCGGCAAAUCAAUUAUUGCAUUAGAUAUUGCCGAUUCGGAUUGGCGAAAUGAAACUUUCCAUUUGUUGUUUACAUAUUUAAUUCCAUUAUAGGCCCGAUUCAGGAACACCUAGUUAUGUUUACGAAGAGCACCUUCAGACGGCCAUCGAUGCAACACACUAACUGGAACGUAUGUAGUUGUUCAGUUGUUAUUCGUAAAGCACAAUGAUGGUUCAUUGUUGCAUGUUCACUUUUUUAAUGUUUUAGGAAAGAAGACGAUGAACCUGUUCAUGUCCUCCGAACUUUUGUUUGUCACUUCUUGCGAGGUCGUCCACUUGACGUACAGGACUUAACACGAGUACUAGAGGGUGAAACGGCUGAAAUAUUCGUUUCUCGUGCUACGUUAUUCGAAGAUGGUAUGGACGAACUGCUUGGCGGGAUGGGUCAUGACCCAAGCCUUCCGCUCGAGGUCACAUUCACUGGCGAAUGCGCACGGGAUUUGGGUGGGCCACGGAAAGAAUUGUUAGGCGCCAUGGUUCGCGAAAUAAAAGAUUGUUUGUUUGUUGAUAACGGGGAUUCUACAUACAUUUUACGGGAGGAUGUGGUGGCUGAGAACAGGAGGCAUUACUUUGGUGCUGGUCUUGUUUUUGGUAAGAACUACUGUACUCUGUACAACAAAGUAAGAGCCGUCUACUUCUCAAUGAUUUUUCUUUAUCUUACUUGUAACAGCAAUGCAACAAUGCUUAAAAGCUGUAUCUUAUAACAAAGUACAAAACAUAAUCCGAAGAUAAGCAUCUUGAAACCCAAAAUAUGAAUCAAACAAGAAACUGAGUGAGUAAUUUUUCGAUUUUAUUACAAAAUCAUCAUCAGACUAACUAUAGUUACAAUAUAUACAUGGUCUUAUAUACAAGUUGGCAAGGCAUGACGACAUAACGGAAGUCUCAAUCAGAACCACGACAGGUGCAGUGAGAUGUAAGUGUGAUGAAAUGUGGGUGUAUAGAUUAAGAAAAAACUGACCAACCCAACUGACGCUGACAAUAACGUUUAUAAAAUAACAUGUAUAUAACGCGUGCUGUGAUUGGUCGAAACCCGUGUUUGGAUUAGGCCAUCCAAACACAGAAAUUCAAAGUGAAAGUUUUUUAAAGUGAAAUUUUAACACGGAAAGUUGUUAUUUUAAUAAAACAAUUACUUUAUAGUUUCCGUGUUUGGAUGGCCUGAUCCAAACACUUGGGAAUGUUGCUCGAGUUAAGAAAAGCGCGCAAAGUCACUCGCCUUUGGCUCGUGCUUCGCGCGCUUUUCUUAACUCUCGCAACAUUCCCGCGUGUUUGGAUCAGGCCAUCCAAACACGGAAACCAUAACGUAAUUGUAUACUCCAUUUUUAUUUCCAACUUAAUAAUUGACAACUCUCGAAUUCUUCACACUAUAUAUUCCCGCACAUCUUAUUUUCUCUUGUUGCUUGAAGCUCUAUCUAUACACCCACAUUUCAUCACACUUACAUCUUACUGCACCUGUCGUGGUUCUGAUUGAGACUUUCCUUAUGUCAUCAUGCCUUGCCAACUUGUAUAUAAGACCAUGUAUAUAUUGUAACUAUAGUUAGUCUGAUGAUGAUUUUGUAAUAAAAGUCGAAAUAUUACUCACUCACUUUCUUGUUUGACUCAUAUUUUGGGUUUCAAGAUGCUUAUCUUCGGAUUAUGUUUUGUACUAUAUUUUUUUGAAAUUGUCGGCUGGUAUUGGUUUUGUAUCUUAUAAGUUUAUGCUAUACUGUAUCUUAUAAGUAAAUGUUUAGUACAGUAUAGAACGCUAAGAAUCUCGUCCAGUAUUUAUUCAGUACGUGUUGUGCAUUUUAAGUUGUACUAAAAAACUGAACACAUAAGUUCACUAUGCCUUUCAGGUUAUAGCAUACUACAAGGCGGACCACUUCCAUCCUUUAUGCAGGAGAAUUUGCUGUCCAAACUUUUUGGCGAUACCGAUGGGCAAGUACUGAGUUGUGCUGAAGAGCAAGUUCGUGACAGUUUUUCCCGAUUUGGUUUGGUAGAGGUAACAUGUCGGUCUUUUUUAUUUUUUCUUCUCCACUAUUUGGCCAUGAACAGGUUUUAUGCGUUCAAUACACCACUUCGAAGAAUUGAUCCGUGAGUCGAUUUAGGAGACUGGACCGGGUGUGAAAAUUAUACGUACAAAAAUGUUUUCGUAUUUUUGUAUCGCUAUACAUUUUUACGACCCAUGUAGGGCAAGUCAAAAUCAAACGACCGAGUAGAAUAUAUAGCGAUUUUAAAUGCCAAAACAUAUUUUGUGUACAUACUUUUCACCCCCCAAAUUCUGUCCAAUCCUCUAAGUCAACUCGCGAAUCAUUAAAAACAUCCAUACCUCGAAAGAGUACUGAUAUGGUCGGUGUGAAUAGAGAUAAUAUAUUUUAAAGUUUCUAUAUAAUCAUUAAAUGACGUCAGAACCGUUUGGUUAACAAACAAUCAUAAUACAACAGUGCAUGAGUAAAUUAUUCAUUGAACAACAGCAGUCACUGUUAUAUUGAACCAUUUUUAGCUUAUCCAGAAACGACCGUCUUUGAUGUACUUGUUAAGACGAACAGCUUGUCACCCUCUUACCUACCCAAGGAUGGUGAGAUUAUUCACUCCACGCUUCUCAGAAGAAGGAUCGAACGUGCGUUUAAAAGAAGAGAGGACAUACAGGCUCUACCUGAAUUACCUUAAAGAAGUUGCUGGUACGUUCAAGCAUUUACCACCAGUACCGAGUACGCACAGUAGUAGCUGUUUUGUAGUAACUGAUCAUGUAACGUUUUUAAUUAUUUCAGCUGCUAGACGAGAACAUGUUACAUUGAGUAGCAUACUAAAAUUUGCUACGUGUUCAGAGGAUGAACCUAUCUUGGGUUUUGCAAUCCAACCUGCAUGUGCUUCAGUGACAGCAUGCUGUCAUGCCUUCCGACAUGUAACACCUGCAUCAACCAACUGCUAUUGGCAAUCGGUGAAGUUGUUCCCGAGGACAAAGAAGAGAUGUUUGCCAAAUUUGAUUUGGCUUUUUCCAGUGAACAUUUCGGAUUGGUGUGACGGGCAGAAAAUACAAAGACAAGAAUUUAGGUAG